GGUCGUUACAGAAAUGCAACACCCACCUCUCUAAGGAGGUCGUGGCAGGGGAGUAGAGGGCCAGAUGACAGGAAUCUAUGGACUCUCUAUUCUGGUACUGAUUGCCCUGGGAUCAAGUUUAGCCUUGCAGGAAAGCAGAGAGCAGAAGCACCCAUGGGAGAAAAUGCGCUUUUGGAGUAUGUUCCCAGAUGAGGUGGAGAAAGGUGCAGUGUCUCUCCUGGUAGGUGGAGCUUUACGAGACAAGAAAUAUACAGAUCCCGCCUCUUUGUUCAGUGUGGCCAAAGAGCUCCAGGAAUUUGGCAAGGAAAAGGCUGGCUUUCGGUUUAGGUUUGGGAGACGAGAAGAUGGCAAUGCUGUAGGCGAUUUUGAGCCACAGCUGGAGGAGAAGAGAAGUGGAACACCCCUGGGCUCCCUGGCAGAAGAGCUCAAUGGUUACAACAGGAAGAAAGGAGGCUUCAGUUUCAGAUUUGGAAGACGAUAAAGAGGUCAAAGUGAAUCCCUCUAAAUGCACAUGGAAAUCCAGUCUCUAAUGCUAACCAUCUAUCUCCUGUUCUCUCUCAGCACCCAUAGCAAAGUCACUAGCACAACUUCUCGACUGAAGAAAAUGU